AUCAUCACCAAAGUAAAAGAUUUCUUUUCCUUCGAGUAAUUGAAAAUGGCAAUGCCACGAGUAGUUGUUGUCAUGUUGACGUUUUUUAUUUUGGGUUUAGCAUCGAAUGCUCAACUUUCCUCCACAUUUUACGACCAAAGUUGUCCUACUGCACUCACCACGAUUAGAACAGUUGUUAGGCAAACAAUUUCGCGAGAACGUCGAAUGGCUGCAUCUCUCAUUCGACUCCAUUUCCACGAUUGCUUUGUUCAAGGUUGCGAUGCAUCAAUAUUGCUUGAUGAUACUCCUUCGAUGAUUGGAGAACAAAAUGCAGCACCUAACAGAAAUUCUGCUAGAGGAUAUGGGGUGAUUCAUAAGGCUAAGACUGAAGUUGAAAAGAAAUGUCCUGGUGUUGUUUCUUGUGCCGAUAUUCUUGCUGUGGCUGCAAGAGAUGCUUCUUUUGCUGUUGGUGGUCCAUCUUGGAAAGUAAAACUUGGAAGAAGAGACUCUACUAUUGCAAGCAAAACUCUUGCAGAGAGCGAGCUUCCACAUUUCCAAGCAAGUCUUGACAAGCUUAUUUCCAUUUUUGCAAACAAAGGUCUUAGUACAAGAGAUAUGGUUGCACUAUCUGGUUCUCAUACCAUAGGACAAGCUCAAUGCUUCCUUUUUCGCAAUAGAAUAUACAACCAAAGUAAUAUUGACGUAGGGUUUGCUAGUACUCGGCGCAGAAAUUGUCCAACAUCAGGAGGGAAUGGAAAUUUGGCAUCACUUGAUUUGGUCACUCCUAAUUCAUUUGACAAUAACUAUUUCAAAAAUCUUAUUCAAAGAAAGGGCUUGCUAGAAACAGAUCAAGUUCUUUUUAAUGGAGGUUCAACAGAUAAUAUUGUUACAGAGUACAGUAGAGAUCCAACCAUAUUCAAAUCUGACUUUGCAACUGCAAUGAUUAAUAUGGGAGACAUCCAACCUCUAACUGGUUUGGAAGGACAAAUAAGAAAUAUAUGUGGUGCUAUCAACUAAACUUUUUUUGAUCUAGUAAAUGUCUCUACUUUUGGGCAACCAUAAUUUUAUUAAGUCAAUUUAUUCAUUUGUUAUGUAAUUUCAUUUUAAAAUAACUAUUUCUUGAUUUAUUCUAUUCAUAUUUUGU